AUGCCCAACAGUCCAUUCAGAAAUUCUCAAACUGAAAUGUACUAGCAACCCACAAUGCCACUUUGCUCUAGCUCCGCUCGGCGACUGAACAAAGAAAGCAAACUACUUCAGACUUCACAGUCCUCAGGUGAAAGACGAUGGUGAGAAGUUAGUGAUGGAAAACAGAACGAAUGAGAAGGCUUCAUCUUUGAGAUGGAAAAUCCUUCGCCAGGCCCUUCUCCCUCGAGCUUCUCCGCCAAAUCCAGAUAAUCAAGCCCAAAUGGACAUCAAGCGCAUUUCAAGAAGGACCAUUUAUGGCUUCAACUUAAUUCCCUCUCGUCUACUCGACAAAUGUGAAACUGAUGACUGCGAUGAGUCGACUUCGAGGGAUGCGUGCCUUUGUUACACCAUACCCAUCCAUGGCUCUCCGAGAAUACUUUUGAUACAAAGAGUAGUCGACCGUGCUCAGCUCAGUGAUUUUGAGAUCUGCAACAGAUACAACAUUGACAACACAGGAGUUGUUUGUAAGUUGCUGUUAUCUUACUCAAGGAAGAUUUUAUAUUCCAACUUUACAGGGACUGAAACUACUUGCAUCAGAUCUCACUGUAGCUGGCCAUCAGAAGAUGUUCUUGCUUACUAUUGCUUGUCACAUGCAGAUCUUUUCAGGCAUAAAAAAGUUGUUGAGCUUGGGUCUGGCUAUGGCUUGGCUGGCUUUGUUAUUGCAGCUGUUACGGAGGCGUCAGAGGUUGUAAUCUCAGAUGGAAAUCCUGUAGUAGUCAAUUAUAUUCAGCGCAACAUUGAGGUUAAUUCAGGAGCAUUUGGAGAAACAACAGUGAAGCCUAUGAUGCUUCACUGGAAUCAGGAAGAACCUUUUGAUAUUGCCAAUACUUUUGAUAUCAUUGUUGCAAGUGAUUGCACUUUCUUUAAGGAUUUCCAUGGAGACCUGGCCCGGAUUGUCAAACUCCUUCUAUCAAAAACGGGAUCCUCUGAAGCAAUUUUUUUAAGCCCUAAAAGAGGGAAUUCACUAGACAUGUUUUUGGAGACUCUCAAAGAAUAUGGCUUGCAAUUCACUGUAACUGAGAACUAUGAGGCAGAAGUUUGGAACCGUCAUAAGAAAUUCAUGGAUGGCAAGGAUAGAGACUCUUGGCCCAGCUAUGAGAAAGAUCACUGCUAUCCACUAUUAAUCAGAAUGUCGCCAUGAACUUUUAGAAGCCACUUCUUUGAUUCAAAUGCUUUGCCUGUGACCUCUUUUCCAUUUCUGUCUGAGCCAUGUUUGACGAGGAUCACAUGCAAAUGCAUUCCUCCGAUACAUAAAAUCUGCUAGUACAGAUACUUGCCAAUAACAAAGCAUCGUUGGAUAAAUCUAUUGUUGGGCUCGUAUCAUCAGCAUAAUGAAUAUUAAGAAUAUUCGACGGUUCCCUUGAUCUGGUCAAGAAUUUUUGGCCCCAAAAGGACCAAAGGCAUAUAUUGAGUUCAAUAGUUCAUUAUAAACUUUUGCACUUGUUCUUUGUCUGCCAAUAUUAAGAAAAUCUGUAGUUGGUAGAUGGUAGUGUGUUAUUGUGACAAAACUCCUACCAUUAUUAUUGUGCAUCCUUUUAUUAAUGGUUGUUCAGAUGAA